AUGCUACGUUGUUUGCGAGCUGAAUCUGAAAGAAACGAACAAACCAUUAAUUUCGAAUUCUACAAGUCAUUUUUCACAUUUAACAAGCAAAUUUCAAACAUGCAAAUCUUCGUCAAAACACUCACAGGCAAAACAAUUACUCUUGAAGUUGAAGCAACUGAUACCAUCGAAAACAUCAAAGCUAAGAUUCAAGACAAGGAAGGUAUACCACCGGAUCAACAACGUUUGAUUUUUGCCGGUAAACAGCUAGAAGAUGGUCGUACACUUCAAGACUACAAUAUUCAAAAAGAAUCAACCCUUCAUUUGGUACUUCGUCUUCGUGGUGGUAUGCAAAUUUUCGUGAAAACACUCACGGGCAAAACAAUCACUCUCGAAGUUGAACCAUCUGAUACCAUCGACAAUGUGAAAGCUAAAAUUCAAGACAAGGAGGGCAUUCCACCUGAUCAACAACGUUUGAUUUUUGCUGGUAAACAAUUAGAAGAUGGUCGUACAUUAUCCGACUAUAACAUUCAGAAAGAAUCGACACUCCAUCUUGUCCUUCGUCUUCGUGGUGGUCAAUAA